CAGAUUAAUCCUAUUAAUAAGACUCUAUGUUACUUGUACUAUUAGGAGUGGCAGGCAAGCUCUGUUGCACUUGGAGCUUAUGUCAAUCUCUCACCAUGUUGCUGGACAUGGAACCUAACGCUGGGAUGGUCUGCAUCAAGUACAUCCUGGUCAUCUUCAACUUUUUGUUUGUGGUCACAGGGAUCUGUUUGGUACUAGUAGGAUGGUCCAUCAACUACGUCUACUUUGAGUACUCCGAGUUUCUCGAGUCUCACUUUUUCUCCCCGGGAUUUCUCAUGGUCGGCAUCGGUAUCCUGGUUUUUGCCGUCGCUUGUUUUGGCUGCUUGGGAGCCUACAGGGAGAGUACUUGCAUGAUUACCGUGUUCAGUGUGAUGCUGGCAGUGAUAUUCGGCCUGGAGGUGGCUGCUGGACUCUCAGCCUACAUACUCCAAGGAGACAUCCACAGCAUGCUACAACACACCAUCACUGAGGCUCUAGAGGAGGCACCAACAGUCAACAGUUCAGCUGUGAUAUUCGGCCUGGAGGUGGCUGCUGGACUCUCAGCCUACAUACUCCAAGGAGACAUCCACAGCAUGCUACAACACACCAUCACUGAGGCUCUAGAGGAGGCACCAACAUUCAGUGUGAUGCUGGCAGUGAUAUUCGGCCUGGAGGUGGCUGCUGGACUCUCAGCCUACAUACUCCAAGGAGACAUCCACAGCAUGCUACAACACACCAUCACUGAGGCUCUAGAGGAGGCACCAACAUUCAGUGUGAUGCUGGCAGUGAUAUUCGGCCUGGAGGUAGCUGCUGGACUCUCAGCCUACAUACUCCAAGGAGACAUCCACAGCAUGCUACAACGCACCAUCACUGAGGCUCUAGAGGAGUCACCAACAUUCAGUGUGAUGCUGGCAGUGAUAUUCGGCCUGGAGGUGGCUGCUGGACUCUCAGCCUACAUACUCCAAGGAGACAUCCACAGCAUGCUACAACGCACCAUCACUGAGGCUCUAGAGGAGGCACCAACAGUCAACAGUUCAGCUCGCAUGAUGAACGUUUUGCAGUCCGAACUGCAUUGCUGUGGCAUAUAUUCUUUUAGAGACUGGGAAGGGAUCUACCCUGCCAAUGAUUCUUCCAUCACACUUCCGGAAUCUUGCUGUGACACAUCUACUGGUGACCAGAGUACAAACUGUAGCCAGGUGUACCAACACGGUUGUCUACCACAGUUGGAGACUUUCAUACGGGAGAGCAUUUUCCUGCUGGCUGGUACUGCUUGUACUAUAGCUCUGAUACAGCUGGUUGGCGUCUCCUUCUCGUGCUCACUGGCUAAGAUGUUGCGUAUCCAGAAGACGGAGAGAGACCGCCAGCGUUGGGAGAUGAGAGAACAACUCAUCAACAGCUAUACACAAGGCAAGGGCGAGAAAGGAGAAUGGAAUCUUUUGCCUGACCCAGUUGUUGAUGGAUAUGAAAACUUGGUGUUGUGUUUUAAGUGAUAAUCGAUAACCACUUACUCCCAUUUUUAUUGAUAUGGACAGAUAGACAUGAUGUAUUUGAUAAGUAAAUAAAUUGUUGUAUUACAAUA